CCAAUCCCAAAAUCACCACCACGAAACUCCCAUCCAUCUCCUCAUUUCAUCGCCUUUGGAAACAACCCCCCCAGUACUGCCAGAGCAGAAAUGGCGCUAACUCUCCCCAACACAUUUCUCCAAAUCAAGCCUUCUCCUCCUCCUUCCCUCCCUCCCAGAAAGGUGGUGACUGCAAGGGGAGGGGGCUAUAGGCCGCAAGUUACUUGCCGGAAGAAGGACAUCUACUCGGAAUUCCACGAGGAUGCUAAAGUCUACUACAAUGGAGAAUUGGUGAUGACAACAGGUGGGACGCAGAAGGAGUACGUGGUGGAUGUGUGUAUGAACACAAAAAUUCUUUUUCAUUUCUACUAAUUACUUAACUGCUUUAAGAUUUUGUCCUCCAUGUGAGGACAUAUUUAUUUGUUGUUAUUUUCUUAGCUAAGA